AUGCUGGACAUGGAUCACACAUUGAUGGUGGUCUUGAUGCUGCUCUGGAGCUCAGAACUUGUCAGGUUGGUGGGAGGAUCCAGUCGUUGUACUGGAGCACUGGAGAUGAAACAUAGGGAUGACUGGAGGCCAGUGUACGGCCAUCAUUGGAGCCUUAGGGAUGCAGCUGUAUUCUGCAAAGAGCUGGAUUGUGGCUCUGCUGUUUCCCUACGACAGAGAGAGGAGUCCUCAGCCAGACCUGUGUGGAUGAUGACACCUGGCUGUCUUCACUCUAGAUAUGCUCUGAGGGGCUGUGCAAUGUCAUAUUCCACUUCCUAUAUCUUGGAGGUCACCUGUUCAGACUCUGUCAGGCUGGUGAAUGGGAACAGUCUGUGUUCAGGCAGACUGGAGGUGAAGUCUAACCAGUCUAACCAGUCUAACCAGUCUAACCAGAGGUGGUCCUCAGUGUGUGAAGCUGACUUUGACCAGCAGGAUGCAGAGGUGGUCUGCAGGGAGCUUGGCUGUGGGGCUCCUUCAGUCCUCCAGGGGGCGCUCUAUGGAGAAGUGGAGGCUCCAAUGUGGACCAAAGAGUUCCAGUGUGGAGGCCAUGAGUCUGCUCUCCUGGACUGUAGAAGCUCAGGCUCAGAUAGAAACACCUGCUCACCUGGCAAAGCUGUUGGACUCACCUGCUCAGAACCUGUCAGGUUGGUGGGAGGAUCCAGUCGCUGUGCAGGAACACUGGAGAUGAAACAGGGGGAGUGGAGACCAGUGGACAAUUUUAAAUAUAUCUGGAGCCAGAAGAAAGCAAAUUCUAACCAGAGGUGGUCCUCAGUGUGUGAAGCUGACUUUGACCAGCAGGAUGCAGAGGUGGUCUGUAGGGAGCUUGGCUGUGGGGCUCCUUCAGUCCUCCAGGGGGCGCUCUAUGGAGAAGUGGAGGCUCCAAUGUGGACCAAAGAGUUCCAGUGUGGAGGCCAUGAGUCUGCUCUCCUGGACUGUAGAAGCUCAGGCUCAGAUAGAAACACCUGCUCACCUGGCAAAGCUGUUGGACUCACCUGCUCAGAGCCUGUCAGGUUGGUGGGAGGAUCCAGUCGCUGUGCAGGAACACUGGAGGUGAAACAGGGAGAGUGGAGACCAGUAUAUGACUUGAACUCUCAGUGGACCCUGAAGGAAGCAGCUCUAACGUGUACAGAGUUGGGCUGUGGCUCUGUUGUUUCUGUAAGACAGAAAGAAGAGUCCUCAGAUGAACUUGUAUGGGUAUUGACAGCUGGCUGUGUUCCCUCUGCACCUUUUUUAAAAGACUGUGCAAUACCAACUUCCUCUUUCUACACCCCAAACACCCAGAUCACCUGUUCAGAAUCUGUCAGGUUGGUGGGAGGAUCCGGUCGUUGUACUGGAGCACUGGAGAUGAAACAUGGGGAUGACUGGAGGCCAGUGUACGGCCAUCAUUGGAGCAUGAGGGAUGCAGCUGUAUUCUGUAAAGAGCUGGACUGUGGCUCUGCUGUUUCCCUACGACAGAGAGAGGAGUCCUCAGCCAGACCUGUGUGGACGAUGACAUCUGGCUGUCUUCACUCUGGAUCUGCUCUGAGGGGCUGUGCAAUGUCAGAUUCCACUUCCUAUACCUUGGAGAUCACCUGUUCAGACUCCGUCAGGUUGGUGAAUGGGACCAGUUUGUGUUCAGGCAGACUGGAGGUGAAGCCUAAACAGUCUAAACAUUAUAAAGAGAGGUGGUCCUCAGUGUGUGAAGCUGACUUUGACCAGCAGGAUGCAGAGGUGGUCUGCAGGGAGCUUGGCUGUGGGGCUCCUUCAGUCCUCCAGGGGGCGCUCUAUGGAGAAGUGGAGGCUCCAAUGUGGACCAAAGAGUUCCAGUGUGGAGGCCAUGAGUCUGCUCUCCUGGACUGUAGAAGCUCAGGCUCAAAUAGAAACACCUGCUCACCUGGCAAAGCUGUUGGACUCACCUGCUCAGAGCCUGUCAGGUUGGUGGGAGGAUCCAGUCGCUGUGCAGGAACACUGGAGGUGAAACACCAGACAGAGUGGCGACCGGUGGAUGGUGAUGACUGGAGCCUGAGGGAAGCAGCAGUAGUUUGUGAAGAGCUGGACUGUGGCUCUACAAUAUCUGUGGGACAGCGAACAGAGUCUUUAGCCAGACCUGUAUGGACGAUGACGUCUGAAUGUGUUCACUCUGGAUCUGCUCUGAGGGACUGUGUAACAUCAUAUUCCUCUUACGCUGUCCAGGAGGUCACCUGCUCAGAACCUGUCAGAUUGGUGGGAGGAUCCAGUCGCUGUGCAGGAACACUGGAGGUGAAACAGCGGGAGUGGAGACCAGUGGACAAUUGGAAAUAUAUUUGGACCCUGACAGAAGCAACUACAUUUUGCAGAGAGGUGGACUGUGGCUCAGCUGUUUCCGUCAAAUGGAGAAAGGAGUCCUCACACAGACCUGUGUGGGUAAUGUCAUCUGACUGUGUUCAAUCUGGAUCUGCUCUGGAGGACUGUGUAAGACCAGAUUUCUCUUCCUACAUCCUGGAGAUCACCUGCUCAGACUCUGUCAGGCUGGUGAAUGGGACCAGUCUGUGUUCAGGCAGACUGGAGGUGAAGUCUAACCAGUCUAACCAGUCUAACCAGAGGUGGUCCUCAGUGUGUGAAGCUGACUUUGACCAGCAGGAUGCAGAGGUGGUCUGCAGGGAGCUUGGCUGUGGGGCUCCUUCAGUCCUCCAGGGGGCGCUAUAUGGAGAAGUGGAGGCUCCAAUGUGGACCAAAGAGUUCCAGUGUGGAGGCCAUGAGUCUGCUCUCCUGGACUGUAGAAGCUCAGGCUCAGAUAGAAACACCUGCUCACCUGGCAAAGCUGUUGGACUCACCUGCUCAGAGCCUGUCAGGUUGUUUGGAGGAUCCAGUCGCUGUGCAGGAACACUGGAGGUGAAACACCAGAACGAGUGGAGACCAGUAUAUGGUGAUCACUGGACCCUAAAAGGAGCAAUUGCAGUCUGUAGAGAACUGGACUGUGGCUCUGCUGUUUCAGUACAAGAGAAAGAGACUUCACUCAGACUCUAUGUGUGGCGUGUCAGUGAAUACUGUGUUAAGUCCGUAUAUGUCCUGAAGGACUGUGUAAGACCUGGUGUCUCCUCUAACAGCCUAGAGAACCAGUUGAUAGGAGCACUGUUCUCUGCAGGUUGAACCAGUUUGGUGAAAAGUAGGGAUGCAUGAUAUGUUUUGCCAAUAUGCAACAUCUCAUUUGAUCGAUAACCGAUGUUAGUGUAUCCACUUUUUCUCCACCUCAUUUUAGUGAUCAUCAGUAGUGGCAUUAACAUCAUAUUAUGCAUGUAUACUCUGAUCAUGACGGCCCACCAGUAGAUGGAGACAUGACAUUGAAUGCCUCUCAAUGUAUGUAAUAUUCAUUCAUUGUGCAAAAUGGGAAAAAACAAGUUGGCCGAUUCUAAUCAUUCACUGUGAAGCCAAUAUCUGCUGAUACUGAUGACAUGCCGAUAUUGUCAUGCAUCCCUAGUGAAAGCUUUCUGUGACUGAUUGUUUUGGGGGGCAGGUUGCAGAAAGACUCAGGAGACCACCUUAGUGUGGUGCUAUGAUGAGCAAAUUUAGAAAGGUUUUAGGACAGGCAGGCAUAUGAAGGCGAAAUCACCAAAUAAGCCAUUUAAGAUUUAUACUGUAAACGUGUACCAUCCAUACCUCUGAGGCUGCGUUCACACCU